GAGAGUCCAAACUGCAACCUGGAAACUCUCAUCUUGUCAGGCUGUCUGAUCUCAGAGGAAGGCUGUGCUUCUCUGGCCUCAGCUCUGACCUUUAAYCCCUCCCAUCUGAAAGAGUUGGACCUGAGCUACAAUCAUCCAGGAGACUCAGGAGUGAAGCUGCUGUCGGCUGGACUGAAAGAUCCAAACUGGAGACUGGAAACUCUCAGGGUGGAGCCUGCUGGAGUCCGAUGGUUGACACCAGGUCUGAGGAAGUAUUCCUGUCAACUCACCGUCGACACAAACACAGUGAACAGAAAUCUCAAACUGUCUGAAAGCAACAAGAAGGUGAUACAUGUGGAGGAGCUCCAGUCAUAUCCUGAUCAUCCAGACAGAUUUGAUUACAGGCAUCCUCAGCUGCUCUGUGGAACUGGUCUGACUGGUCGGUGUUACUGGGAGGUCGAGUGGAGAGGAGUUGUUUAUUUAUCAGUGAGUUAUAGAGGAAUCAAGAGGAGAGGAGGCAGCGAAGACUGUAUGUUUGGAGGAAAUGAUAAGUCCUGGAGUCUGAGAUGCUCUGAUCAUCAUGGCUACUCUGUGUGGCACAAUAACAUAAAAGCACCCGUAUCCUCCUCCUCCUCUGUCUCUAACAGAGUAUCAGUGUAUGUGGACUGUCCUGCUGGCAUUCUGUCCUUCUACAGUGUCUCCUCUGACUCUCUGAUCCACCUCCACACCUUCAACACCACAUUCACUGAACCUCUGAUUCCUGGAUUUAGAGUUUGGUUUUCUGGUUCCUCUGUGUCUCUGUGCUGAGUUGAGUCUCCUCCUCUCAGAGAAACUUUCACUUUUUAAUGGAUAGUUCAUGUCUGUGUAUUUUACUCAGAAACACAUUUUUAGGUUCAUGAAUUCAAUCUGUUUCUUGAAGGAUUUUUAUGAAAUGUCUUCCUCUUCCAGUCCUAAAUUUGGAUUAUUCCAGAAUCCACAUAAUUUUUGUCCAAAUCCAGUAAACAUUUCACACAGAUUAUCAGAAUGUUGAUGAUCUCUUGGUUUUAUCCAUUCAUUCAUGAGUUGCAUUUUAUUUAAAUGUUAUGUUAUCUGUUUAUUCUUUUCUAA